GCGCUCCCAGGUGCGGGAUCCUGACGCGGGGGCCUGACGGGUGACAGCGCCCCACCAAGCCGCCGAGCCCAGGCUGCAGCGCUCGUCGCCCCGGAGGAGAUUUUCUGCUAUAAUGGCAGCCACACGAGGGAGGACGAAGAAAAGAACGUGCUAUGAUCAUUCUCCAGACAGCCUUCCUCUGAGGAGCUCCGGGAGGCAGGCAAGGAAGAAAGCAGCAGAGACAGCAGAAGAAGAUGAAGAUGGCGGGUCGGAGAAGAAGUACAGGAAGUGUGAAAAGGCUGGCUGCACAGCGGCGUGUCCUGUGUGCUUCGCGAGCGCUUCCGAAAGAUGUGCCAAAAAUGGCUACACGUCCCGAUGGUAUCAUCUCUCGUGUGGGGAGCAUUUCUGCAAUGAAUGCUUUGACCAUUACUACAGAAGCCACAAGGACGGAUACGAGAAAUACAUCACGUGGAAAAAAAUAUGGACUAGCAAUGGGAAAACGGAACCUAGCCCCAAAGCUUUCAUGGCUGACCAGCAGCUCCCCUACUGGGUUCAGUGUACAAAGCCCGAGUGUAGAAAAUGGAGGCAACUUACCAAGGAAACUCAACUUACGCCACAGAUAGCAAAGGCUUACCGAUGUGGUAUGAAGCCAAAUAAUGCUGUCAAGCCUGAGGUCUCAGACCAUUGUUCCCUCCCUGAGGACCUGAGAGUGUCAGAAGUCUCCAGCCACUGGUGGUACUCCAUGCUCAUCCUACCUCCUUUACUGAAAGACAGCGUGGCAGCGCCCCUGCUUUCUGCCUACUACCCCGACUGCGUCGGCAUGAGCCCCUCUUGCACCAGCACCAACCGUGCCGCUGCCAGCAGCCCUGGGAAGCUGGAGCACUCCAAGGUGGCCCCCUCUGCACUUGUUCCAGGCAUGAACCAGUACUUCCAGCCUUUCUACCAGCCCAACGAAUGCGGCAAGGCCCUGUGCGUGCGGCCGGACGUGAUGGAGCUGGAUGAGCUCUAUGAGUUCCCUGAGUAUUCCCGUGAUCCCACCAUGUACCUGGCUUUGAGAAACCUCAUCCUGGCUCUGUGGUACACGAACUGCAAAGAAGCACUUACUCCUCAGAAAUGCAUCCCUCACAUCAUUGUCCGGGGUCUGGUGCGCAUCCGUUGCGUGCAGGAAGUGGAAAGGAUACUGUAUUUUAUGACAAGGAAAGGUCUCAUCAACACCGGAGUCCUCAGCGUGGGAGCCGACCAGUGUCUCCUUCCCAAGGACUAUCACAGCAAAUCCGUCAUUGUGAUUGGGGCUGGUCCAGCAGGAUUAGCAGCUGCAAGGCAACUGCAUAACUUUGGAAUUAAGGUGACUGUCUUGGAGGCCAAAGACAGAAUCGGAGGCCGAGUAUGGGAUGAUAAAUCUUUGAAGGGCGUUACGGUGGGGAGAGGAGCCCAGAUCGUCAAUGGCUGUGUUAACAACCCGGUAGCACUGAUGUGUGAGCAGCUUGGCAUCAGCAUGCAUAAAUUUGGAGAAAGAUGUGACUUAAUUCAGGAAGGUGGAAGAAUAACUGACCCCACUAUUGACAAGCGCAUGGAUUUUCAUUUUAAUGCUCUCUUGGAUGUUGUCUCUGAGUGGAGGAAGGAUAAGACUCAGCUCCAGGAUGUCCCUUUAGGAGAAAAGAUAGAAGAGAUCUACAAGGCUUUCAAGCAGGAAUCGGGGAUCCAGUUCAGUGAGCUGGAAGAACAGGUGCUUCAGUUCCACCUCAGCAACCUGGAGUAUGCCUGUGGCAGCAACCUGCAUCAGGUGUCUGCUCGCUCCUGGGACCACAAUGAAUUCUUUGCCCAGUUUGAUGGAGACCACACUCUACUGACACCUGGCUACUCUGUAAUCAUUGAAAAAUUGGCAGAAGGACUGGACAUUCGGCUCAGAUCUCCAGUGCAGAGCAUUGAUUACACAGGGGAGGAAGUACAGGUCACCACCACCGAGGGCACAGGGUUUUCUGCACAGAAGGUGCUGGUUGCUGUACCCCUGGCCAUGCUGCAGAAAGGCGCCAUCCAGUUUAAUCCCCCACUGCCAGAGAAGAAAAUGAAGGCCAUCAGCAGCCUGGGCGCAGGCAUCAUUGAGAAGAUCGCCUUGCAGUUUCCAUACAGGUUUUGGGACAGUAAAGUUCAAGGGGCUGACUUUUUUGGACACGUCCCUCCCAGUGCCAGCCAGCGGGGACUCUUCGCCGUGUUCUAUGACAUGGAUCCCCAGAAGCAGCAGAGCGUACUCAUGUCUGUGAUCACGGGCGAGGCGGUGGCGUCCCUGCGGACCCUGGAGGACAAGCAGGUGCUGCAGCAGUGCAUGGCCACCCUCCGGGAGCUGUUCAAGGAGCAGGAGGUCCCGGAUCCCAUCAAGUAUUUUGUUACACGGUGGAGCACAGAGCCGUGGAUACAGAUGGCGUACAGCUUCGUGAAGACGUGCGGAAGCGGUGAGGCCUACGACAUCAUUGCCGAAGAAAUACAAGGAGCCAUCUUUUUCGCCGGUGAGGCAACAAACAGGCAUUUUCCACAAACCGUUACAGGGGCAUAUUUGAGUGGUGUUCGAGAAGCAAGUAAGAUCGCAGCAUUUUAGCUAGAAUUUAUCUGGACUCAGCCUUCUGUACUCCAAAUGGUAAAGUUUGAAACACAUUAAACCUCAUUCUUGCAAAGGAAAAAAACACUUUGUAUAGCAAAACUGAAAUGUUGUUGAGGCGAUGGAAUGUAAGCUCAUCUUCGCACCCUGAAAGCACUGACUCAGAAUUCCUUUUGCGCACUUAUCCUUGUUUGCACUGUUCACAAUUCCAACUGUGCUGUUAGACUUCUGGACUUUGUAAGGCAGAAUAGAAAGCCUUAAGAGAGAACCUGGAAUCAAUUUCUUGCAUGGUUGACUGAUCAGUUUUCAUACACUGAAAAAGCAAACCCUAGUAGGAAUCGCUUCUUCACCAGAGAAAGCCACGUGACUUUCCUAUGACUCAGUAUCUACCAGUGAGCCUUAAUGUCUUACAUAACUCUACCCUUGAGCCGCUACUGUUCUGUUUUUAAAUACAGCACAAAUUUCCACUUGGGGAUAAAACAGUCUUAGAAGCUGUUUCAUAUUGUACAUAUUUCUUCCCAUUAGGUGUUCACAAGAAAUUUAAAUUCUGGUAUCUUUUGAUAAAAUAUUUUACAUUUGUAUACUCACUGGCAAAGCUGUGAAGUCUUUAACUGCCUUCAGUUACAGUACUGGGCCUUUGGUCUUCACACUCAACACAGGCCAUUGUUUUUUUCUAAAGACAAAUCUAAGUGAACAACACUCUUCAAAUGCCCUCAAAGGUUUUGAGAACCACUAGCAAAAUGAUCUUGUAAUUUAAUGAAAACUCCUCUACAUCUGCUUUUAUUUUUUAUCCAGUUAUGUUUACAGUAUUCUAUAGGCAGGUCCACUGGAAAACUAGAAAGAUGUGACAUCUGGCAAAUCCUGCACGUUCUCUAAGCCAUAGUUUGAACCUCAAGAACAGGACAAAGGUAUUUUUUUUGUACACAUGACAAAACAUUGUCAUUCAGAAAUCCACUGGUUUCAGCGUGUUUUCAAUUUACAAUGAAGAUUUGAGAAAUUCAGUUAGAUGGAUCUUCUUAGCAAAAGGGGAAGAACCCAGAAAUUUACGUUUGUAAGUGGAAGUACCGCCACCGACCCACAAACAAAUGACAAAAGCAAGGCGGCAGCAGCCUCUCAGAGCUAACACGGUAGAGCUGACAUUAGGCUUAUUUGUUGGGACUCAUUGGUAUUGACUGGGAAGUAUUCUGCUUUGAUUUCAUGUGUUGAAAUAUUCAAAUAGCAUGCAUUAAAUGAUAAAUGCAAAAUGUCAAGUUUGAAAUGGCUCACAGUAAAUCAUUAGUUUCUAGCACUUGUACUGUGUGGCAAGCAGGGAAGAAUCCCUCGCAAAGUGUGCUAAAUGUAUCUUGUCUCAAGGAAAGUACUUCUUUUAAUAAUUCAUUCAAGGUACCAUGGUACUUUUUCUCCUAAGUUACUCUGAAUGUUUCAUUAUGUCUGAAUAUUUUGUAAUUGAAUUGCAGAUCAUGAAUAAACGUGUGAAACAGCUUAAUAAAACGAGACUUGUUUUUUGAAACAUGCUGUGUACGGCAGUGAUAUUCUUUAGCAGUGCACCACUUCCCAAGAACUUCCACCAUACCAGCUUCACCCAGUGUGCAUCUUAGGUCACAGACAUGACUACACCACUGAUUGAGAGUUGUAAUUUUUAUUCACAAGGUUUGCAAGAAUAUUUAAAAUCCAAAGCCAAUUUGUAGGUCUCCCUUAGUUGCUUAUAAUUCCAUUCCCUUAUAUUAAACAUACCAUUUCCUAAAAUAUGAACUACCAAGAAACAGGUCAAACCUGUGAAAACACUGGUUCACAUUCAAAAUCAGUUUCUAUGAUGCAAA